AUGACUCAUUUCUCAUUGCCUCCAGAGCUGUUGAUGUACUGUGCUCCAGGCAGUAAUGCUUCAUGUAUUGCGUUAAGGAAAGGUUUUUGGAUAGAUUUUGCCCUCUAUUUGGUGUUUGUUUCAGGCAUGCUGAUUACAAUUUUAGGGAACUCUCUUGUCAUCUUGUCAGUAUGUCAUUUCAAACAGUUGCACAGUCCUACCAAUGUGCUCAUUUCAUCUCUUGCUCUGGUUGAUCUACUAGUGGGUGUUAUGGUGUUGCCCUUCAGUGCCACCCGGACUGUUCAUGACUGCUGGUUCUAUGGUGAUACGUUCUGUCACAUACACAACAGUUUCGAGAUGUUUCUCAUUAUUGCUUCUAUCUUCCACCUAAUUUGCAUUGCUGUUGACAGGCAUCAAGCAAUAUGUAAUCCUCUGCAUUAUUCUAGAAAAAUCACAAUGUCAGUUGCAAUGAUUAUGGCAUGUGCCUGCUGGUCACUGGCUGCUGUCUAUGCUUAUGGACUACUUUAUUCAAAGGCCAACGCGACAGGGUUACAGGAUAUAUUAGAAUCAUUUUGCCUUGGUGGUUGUUUUGUUUACUUUAACCCACUUUGGGGAAUGUUGACCAGUGCUUUCUGCUUUUUCUUUCCCUGCACUGUAAUGGUUUGUCUUUACACUAAAAUAUUUGUUGUGGCUAAACAGCAUGUAAGAAAGAUUGGAGAUAAGAACAAUAGUUUAAAUGACAGAGGGAGAGGUGGGUUGAUCAAGCACUCUGAGAGCAAGGCUGCAAAGACUCUCAGUAUUGUGCUUGGUGUAUUCAUCUUUUCUUGGAUGCCUUUCUUUAUGCAAGCAAUAAUUGAUCCCCUCACUGGCUUCUACAUUGAUCCUUUCCUCUUGGAAGUAUUUAUUUGGUUGGGUUACUUCAAUUCAGCCUAUAACCCCAUUAUUUAUGCCUUGUUUUAUCCCUCCUUCAAAAAAUGUUUUCAUCGCAUUGUCAGUCUGAAAAAAUUUAGUGCAAAUUCUUCAACUAUGAAUUCAUCUAUUAAAUGA